AAUAAUUCAAUAAACAUCUGUUAUUAGUGUGUGUUGGUUUAUCCAGUGGGCCUAUCCUGCAGCAUCUAGUUGACAAGGUAAACACUCUUCAUUAUCUGCAGCCUGUCUGUUAUGAGCUAAGCUCUUUAGGGGUUUACUCCAGCCACGAGUUAUUGAUACAGUCUGAUGAUCAUGACACAAUAGGUGAGGUUUAAAUGGGAAUGUUUGUACAUUGAGCAGCUAAUAACUUUUGGUUCAACUUGAUAUAUUUUUUUUAACCUCUUAUCAACCUCACUAGCUACUCACGUUGCUCUAGAUUAGAAAACAUUUCGAGUCCACCAUGGCAUUUCUCAUGAAUCAAAUGCUGAGUAGUAAGUUGAAGAGUUUUUCCGGAGGAGGUGAAGAUUCCAGAAAUGCGGGAGCGGAUGGGAAGGCAACGGCUGAGUCCAAAGGCAUGUCCAGGGAGGAGUUUGAGGAAUACCAAAAGCAACUGGUGGAGGAAAAGAUCCAGCGAGACAAGGACUUUGCCACAAAGAAGGCUGAGAGGGCAAAUCUAAGAAUCGCACUCAGAGAUAAAUAUCGUCUGCCAGAUAGUGCUCAAGACAGUGCAGCAGUUCAGAUGGCUGGUGAUGACGUUGACCUGCCGGAGGAGUUGGCAAAAAUGGUGGAUGAAGAUGAGGAGGAGGAGGAAGAGACAAACAACUCAUUCAUCAAUAAGCUUCAUAGCAUGGAUCUGGACACACUGAAAACCAAGGCUCAGAGCACAAUGACAGAGUUUAAACAGACGGCAGAGGACAAGUGUUCACUUAUGUGAUACAGAAAUUUACACUGACGUCCAGAUAAACAUAUUUUAUUUUGACUUUUCACAGUCAUCAAUUUUUUUCUCCUAUUUGUUUUAGAAACACUUUUGAAUGCUUGGUAUAAUUUCUAAUCAUUUAUUU